UAUGUCUACAAGGCAGUUGGCACCUAAAAGUCAUGAAACUUAAUUUGCUAAGUCACAAAAUAAUUUUAAAAUCACCCUUAAGAUUAUACACGUGCCAGGCCUUGUACCUGAGCUGAGCGUCUAUCAUUGACCAAGCCAGACCCCUUCUUGCAUCUAUGGGCUUACAGUCUAGUCAAGCAGGAGCCAGGAAGAAGCUAGUCCACAUAUGACAAGUCCCACAGGCUUUGUGGAGCUCAGGGUGGGGCUCUUACCCAUAAUCUCCAGUCUGAAGCUGGAGGGGAGAGACAAGGGCUUCAUCUUGGAGGAGUUCCCAAGGGUAAAGUCAAGUUGGUAGGUCCCAAAACAGGUUAUGGAAACAAGGGCCUGGUCAGACAAUAGGAGCCAAGAGAUGGAGCCCAAACAGAGUGGCUUCAAUGUGGGGCAGAGGCAAAGGGUUCCCUGGAAAAGGAGGUGGAAGAAAGGGAGUGACAGAGGAUGGGGCAAAAUGGCAGGGUCCCUGCAUCUGGGCCUGGCUUUGAGCUAGAGGAGGUUCACAGCAGCAUUGUUUGUAAGAAAACAAUGUGGGAAACACCCAUCAACAGGAAUCAACAAGUUGAUUGGGGACGUGGGGUUCAAAUCAUCGUGGAAAAUUAAUAAACCAGAACAGCAUGGGUCAACAUAGGAAAUGAAGAACAACAACAAAAAACUACCCUUAAAAGGAAUGCAUAGUGACAAUCAUUUCUUUCUUUCCCUUUUCUUUCACAAUUUGUUUGCUGAAACAUCAGUUGACGUGUCCUUCAGUUGAAUGUGGCAUGUCUUUUUGAAGGAACAAGAGGCAGACAAGUUUCAGCUGCCAGAAAUAAAAGAGAAACUGGGAAGAAUUUAACUUCUGAACUAGAAGGUCACUCUUGCCAGGGGCCUUUGAGCAGGCUAAAGAACUCUUCUAUUCAUGGAGGCGAACGCUAAGGAUGCUUUCCACAUGAACCUUGAGUGAACCUCUGAUACAUUUCCUGUGGAAAGAGAAGGGAGCCAACAUGAAGGAAAAUGCGGCCUCCACGGUGGUUUUCAUUUUGCUACUCUUUCUCAACACCAACCUUCUGAAUGGACAGUCACCUCCUGGGAAACCUGAGAUCUUUAAAUGUCGUUCUCCCGAAAAGGAAACAUUCACCUGCUGGUGGAAGCCUGGGGCAGAUGGAAGAUUACCUACCAAUUACACGCUGACUUACCGCAAGGAAGGAGAGACAUUCACCCAUGAAUGUCCAGACUACAAAACCGGUGGCCCCAACUCCUGCUACUUUAACAAGAAGCACACCUCCAUAUGGACGAUAUACAUCAUCACAGUAAAUGCCACGAACCAGAUGGGAAGCAGUUCCUCGGAUCCACGUUACGUGGACGUGACUUACAUAGUUGAACCAGACCCUCCUGUGAACCUGACUUUGGAAUUAAAACAGCCAGAAGACAGCAAACCAUAUCUGUGGAUAAAAUGGUUUCCACCCACCCUGGUUGAUGUAAGAUCUGGUUGGCUCACACUCCAGUAUGAAAUUCGAUUAAAACCUGAGAAAGCAGCUGAGUGGGAGACUCAUUUCGCUGGGCAGCAGACUCAGUUUAAGAUCCUCAGCUUAUAUCCAGGACAGAAAUACCUUGUCCAGGUUCACUGCAAGCCAGACCAUGGAUUCUGGAGUGAGUGGAGCCCAGAGAGCUCCAUCCAGAUACCUAAUGACUUCUCAAUGAAAGAUGCAACCGUGUGGAUCUUUGUGGCCGUUCUUUCUGCUGUCAUCUGUUUGAUUAUGGUCUGGGCAGUGGCUUUGAAGGGCUACAGCAUGGUGACCUGCAUCCUCCCUCCAGUUCCUGGGCCAAAAAUAAAAGGAUUUGAUACUCAUCUGCUGGAGAAGGGCAAGUCCGAAGAACUUCUGAGCGCCCUGGGCUGCCAAGACUUCCCUCCCACUUCCGACUGCGAGGACUUACUGGUGGAAUUCUUAGAGGUGGAUGACAGUGAAGGCCAGCAGCUGAUGCCGGCUCACUCCAAAGAACACCCGGGGCAAGGCGUGAGGCCCACACACUUGGAUCCCGACAGCGACUCUGGCCGGGGCAGCUGCGACAGCCCUUCCCUUUUGUCUGAAAAGUGUGAUGAACCUCGGGCCAAUCCCUCCAAGUUCCACACUCCUGAGGGCCUUGAGAAGGCAGAGAAACCUGAAACAAACGUUACCCAGCCCCAAGACCCUCAGAGCACAAGCGUGGAAGGCAAAAUCCCCUCUUUUCAUGCCAGCGGAUCCCAAUCUUCAACGUGGCCUUUGCUGCAGCCCCCCAGCCUGCCCUACCCCAGAUCAUCUUACCACAGCGUCGCUGAUGUGUGCAAGCUGGGCCUGGGCACGGCAGGUGCUGCAUCCGCUUUGUUGGACGAAACAGACACACAUGCUUUAAAACCCUCGCAAACCAUUGAGACAGGCGGGGAAGGGAAGGCAGCUGAGCACAGGGAGUCAGAAAGCUUCCGUUCCAAGACUGACCGAGACGCGGCACGGCUGCUGCCCCAGGACAAGAGCCCCUCGAUCUCUGCUAGACCCCUGGAGUACGUGGAGAUCCACAAAGUCAGCAAAGAUGGAGCGCUGGCGCUGCUCGCGAAACCAAACGAGAACAGCGGCUGGGCGGAGAGGACCAGCACCCCUGAAAGCAGCAAGGAGUACUCGAAGGUGUCCCGGGUGAUGGAUAACAACAUCCUGGUGUUGGUGCAGGCUCGGCGAGCGCGAGACCUGGCUCCGCUUGAAGAACCAGCCAAGGAGGCCCCGCCAUCCGUGCCACAGAAUCCAGCCGAGGUAGACCUGGCCUCCUUCCCCGCGGCCCCGAGCAACUGCAGACUCCAGCUCGGUGGGUUGGAUUACCUGCAUCCCACAGGCUUUAUGCACUCCUUUCAGUGAGAGCUUGAUUCAUGGAAGGAUGGGUUAAAAUGUGAUUUUCCUUCAGGUAACACUACAGAGUACAUGAAAUGCACUCUACCAGAGAAGGCUCGAGAACGGGGUUGGAAUGGCACUACCAAACUCCCAGGUCACUCCUCUUCAUGAUCCAUUUUCAACCAGUUGCCUCUUUCUCCAACAGCUGAUUCCAGAGCAAAUCGUUUAGUUUCGUGUGAUUUGUAGAUUUACGUUUUGCUAUCAGUUAUAAAAUUAUGUGUUCAAUGAAAUAAAAGCACAUUGCUUAGUAUUCUUGAGGGACAGUGCCAAUAGGUAUAUCCCCUGGAACAGGCUUUCAUGGUCUGGUAUGUGACAGAAGGAUAUGAACUAGUCAAAACUGUUUACCACAGGAAGAUGGUAGAUAUGAGAAAAAUGCCAUGAAAAGCACUUUUGAAGACCAAUUGCUUAACCUUUGCACUCCUCUUUCAUUUUAUUAGGAUUAACCAAAUUAAACACACUUAAAAAAAAGAGUGCAUUCUAGAACACCUGACAAAUUGUUUACAUCCGUUCCUAUUACCUUAAUGACGCAUUGCCAAUAUGCAAAUAAAAAGGAUGCCUCUGAUUUUUUCUUAAAAUAGUUUGAAUUUAUUAAGCAUGGAUUUUUCCCCCCCUAAAUUGUAUUUCAUUCUGAAGUUUCUGAAGAAUAGAGUUUUAGAAAGUGAAAUUUUCUUACGUAAGAGGCAAAUGAGUUUCAUGUGGUGAAUCCUUCUAAAAUGUUUUCCUGCUUCAUUUCAGCAUGAUAGAUAAUUUAUUACACACCCUAGUCUUCUGUUAGUGAAAAAAAAUCCCAAAAGACUAACUUUAAAAGAUAAUCGCUAACGGAAGUACUGCCUUACUGUACAUACAAAUUCUACUUUAAUAUAAACCCGUAAGUUUAACAAUGUAUUUUUGAAGACUAUUUUUCUAUCACUUAGGUAAGUAAAACACUGUUUUCUACCCUCCCAGGACAGCUGUUUACCUAUUCAGUGGGUACAGUAUUUUCUGCUUUGUGGUUAUAAGGACUAUUUACAGUACAGAGUGAUAUAUGCAGUCCCUGUUUGUGGAAUAAAAUGCCACACCAACCCAAAGCCCACUGAGGAAUAUGAAGCGGAUGACAAUAUUCAGUUUCCAACACAGUGUAGUAUAGUUUAGCUGAUUCUUUUUAUCUCCAGGAUACUUUAAACAACAAUCACAGAGCUAGAGUUUCAGGGCUCUCCACAGACCGGAAAUUACUUCUCUUGUAAUUUAGGGCUACUCCGGGGCUUCUGCUCUUCUCUGGGUGAAUAUUCAUAAAGCUACAAUGAAAAAGGAGAGUGGUAAAUCUAACGCACUGUCCUAGAGAGAGGGUUCUUGUUCUGCUUUUCUGAACGAUCUUGGGCAGGAAGGACAUUUUAAGUAAAGCCAGGAGUUCAUGUCUCUCAGGAGUAGAUCCAGCAGAUCCACUUGCAAAAUGUUGGCAGAGGCAGGGAGAGCACUCACGUCAGAAGUAUCCAAAGAAAAGUUCCAAGAAACCAGGCAUCUGUGGAUUAGCGGGAACCACUACAAAGGCCAGGGUAUGGAGGUCGGAAGCCCCAAGUCAGUUCCAAGGGCAGGCUCUCCAAGGGCAGUCAGAAGACUGGAUCGUCAUUUGAAAGAGCACAUCCAUGACUCAUUGAAGUGCCUGCCUCUGUGUCCAUUUCACCUGACAGCAAAUCCAUUUCUGUGUCCACUCACUAGCUGGAACAUAGAGAAUUUGAGCUCCCUCUGUGAGCUAAAUACUCCAGCCCAAUGAGUCCAUGUUGAUAGGAACUGGACUCAGAAGCGGCCUGAUGUGUGAAAGUGAACACAUUGCCAGAGCUUCCAGAAAUGCAAAAGUAAUAAAUCUGAGGCUCUAUUCUCCCAAUAUGCAAACAACAUGUUAAGAGUGAGGGGGCUAUUUGGGAAAGCUGUCCAAGUUUAUUCAAUCCCCUAGAUCCUGGCUACUCAAAAUAUGGUCUGACCAGCUACAUCAGCAUCCCCUGGGCGCUGCUUGGAAAUGCAGAACCUCCACCCCACCCCGGCCUCAAACCCACAGAAUCAGAAUCUGCAUUUUGCUAAGAUCCCCAGAUGAUUCAUGUGCGCAGUGAAGUUUGAGAAGCAUUGCCCGAGAUGAUCAUUUCCACUAAAGCUUAUUUUAGUGCAGGGAGCAAUCCUCUCCUGGAAAGUACAGGUCGAGUCUAUUUGACUUGCACUGAACAGUACUGUAAGAAAAAGGCAUCAUUUUUUAAAACACAUUAGUGGUUUAGGAUUCACGUAAUGGUAGAGAAUGACUUGCAAAAGUACACACAACUUCUAAGAGGGCCAGGGAAUAUAUUCCACCUUGAGAGGCAUUGACAAAAGACUUUGCCCUUCGAAGCUGAUACAGACUAAACCUUUCCCCAAAACAGUCCAGUCUCCUCCAAGAUGUAUAUCAAUCACUCUGAUAGUAUGAAAUUCAAAAAUAGUCUGCUUUUGAUAUAUAAUUUGGCAUAUAUGGAAAAAAAUGUCAUGGCUGAAGACAAACUAAAUCCUUAAAAAAACACCAAUUAGCAAGUAAAUUACUACCACUUGUUAACUAAAGCCAAGGCUACAAUUCUAUGGUCAGUUAGCACUCUUUAAUAAACUAUGUUUUUUUCAUGGUCUAGCCUAUUUUCUGUCAAGGAAUCCCCUAGUCGAAUGAAAGUAUGCAGAUUGGGGGUCAAGAGACCCAGCUUCUAAUGCUAAUUAUGUUACCUUAGAUAGAUCAACUCCCUUCUCUGGGCCUCAGUUUCCUCUGAAGGAAAUGUUAGGCCGGAUAAUCUCUAAUGUCCUUUUAAAAUCCGACUCCUUGAUUCCAUGAUUCACUGAAUAGUGUCCAGCAAAGAUAAUUAACCAAUGCCUUGUAUCAUAAUUAAGCUAACAAAUAGUUGCCCUUUAUCAUAGAAAUACAAGUCCUCUUCAGUGAUGUGCUCAUUUUAUUUCACUUGCAAAUCAUCAAGUCCAACUGAUCUUAACAUAUUGCACAUGCAUUUUAUAAAUCAUGUAGGUAUAGAAUCAUAGUCUAAGAUUAUGUGCAAAUAUGUGUGUAGAGAGAAGAGGCAUGAGAUAUUUUUAAAAAGACAUUGAAAGAGGCUUUGAUUUUUAGAAAGAAAAACACUUUUCUUAUAUUAGGUGGCUGAUUCUGGUUUGUUUUUUUUUUCUCCCAUGGAUUAUGCACCACCAUUGCACAUUUGGUUUUAAAAGCCUUAAACUCUUAAUUAUAAAGGUCAUAUUUUUAUAAACAAACACUUAAAUAUUCAAGUUACAAAGCACACGGGAAAGGGAUCGCCAAUAGAUGAAUUAUGAACGCUUAUAACUCAAACUGCAAAAUCUUCUCUGGUCAGUUUUAGCAAAUGGGUACAAGGCACCUCAAAUGAGCACAAGUUAUAAUCAGCCAUGUCACUGACAUUUAACAGACUCUCCAUCUCCUAAGUGCCUAAGGCCAAUCCUGGUAGGCAGUUAUGUACUAAAUACUUGCUUUCACUGGUUUGGUGCAAAGCUGGUCAAUCCCUUACCAUCUGUAUGAGAUGAAGGAGUUUAACUGUCCUGUAGUGACCCAACUGAACGGGAGAAUCCGAUGAACAACCAGAGGCACCUGAGCCCCAGGGUGCAGCUUGGCUAAGGAGGGUCCGUCCCCAAAUCUGCCUCUUUCUCCAGGCUGCCCGCCACUGCCCAUCACUGGCAGAAAGACUUGACUCUGCCUGUAGUAAUUUCGCUAUCUCCUUAGAGUAGACAUGAAAGAAACAGAUUUGUACACAUCUUACAAAGUGCCUUUCUUUACUUUUUUAUUUUUUUGAAGUUUCCUUUUCGCAAGAAAAGUGUAUCGAUUAGAAAGUAAAUCUUACAUUUUAGAUAAAUGAAUGAAAAAGCCAGAAAGGGAAUGACUAAACGGUCCAAGGUCCAAUCAGCAACUAUUGAGUGGAUUUUAAUUUAUUGUUUCAUUGAAUUGCCACAGAGCUGAUGUGACUAGUGUAACUUACUUUGUCUGACAAGAAAUUGACUCUGGCUAGGAUUUUGGAAUAAGCCUGCCGCCCUGUUACUUGAGACCCUCAAUUUGAAAACAUAUUAAUGUACUUCUGAAUGGCUUGGACUUGCAUGCCAGGGCCUGAGAAGGGCAACGCAUGCACCGUGGAAAUUUGCACACAUGCAGAAAGAUGUAAAGGCCUCUGGAUUACCAUCCGCAGGGUUGCUAACGUAGAUCUGUCAUUGAUGAAAGCCUCGUGUGUACUUCAGUGAACCAAUUUCUUUUUCAGCCCAAGCAUAAUUGUGUUGUUGCUAGGGUAGUGGGCUGAGCACUCAAUUUCCAGGUCGAGGUCAUCCUGCUGCCACUAAACAGGCUGUGUGAUCUUAGGCAAGUCCUUUAAACUCUAGCCACUAGUUCCCUCACCUGUUAAACGAGUGGAUUGGCCUAAAAUGUUUCCAAGACCCCUUCCGGCUCUUACUGUCUUUGAUGCUCAUGAUCUAAGUAAAGUCCAGGGUUUCCGUAGAAGGUCCAGGGACAGUGCAGGGAAAUAUUGCUGGUGUGGCCUUAACCUGGAGCAGUGGACCAUGUGGCUGUGACACUGCUGAAGAGAAAAACAGAUCCAUUCCUCCAAGUCAGAUCGAUUUCAUUCAGCAUCCUUGCUUCUUCUCUUCUUCUUAGCUGUCCAUCUUGUAGGCUUCUUAUGCUCUCACUCCAGGGCCUUUAUUUUUCCUGAGAGUUCAUUAUGUGCAGUAGCAACCAUAGGAUUUGCAAGAAACUACAUUAUGCACAAACGAUGACUUUGGCCUGAGUCAAAGGACGGAGUCAAAUGUUAAAUCAGCCACACAGAUAUCAAGGCCCAGGUUGAGGGUCACAAGUUACCCCAUUUAAAGGUCCUCAGGCUUAGAGAUUCUAGCCCAAUUCAUUCAUUCAUUCAUUCAAAGGCCAUUAAUAAAUCCAGCUACAUUGACGACUCGGCCGUGGAGGUCUUAAGCAGAAACUUAAAAACACAAAAUGAUUGCUUGAGAGCUUAUGACCUAACCAGAAGUUCUACUUAUAGUUAUGGCCUGGACUUAUUUCAUGAUCAGUAUACAUGUCAUCUGCAAAUCAGACAGGAGUUCUCUCCCUAGAUUUGUGUCUUUCAAGAAGGUGAUUUUUGGUCUGAGACCAUUACAUGGUAUCUAUUUCCAUAAAAGGAAAGAGAUAGAAAGAUAGGGUGUUUCCAAAUGUUUGGGCAUCUUAGGAUUCCACAAAAUGCCGAGAGUAGCCUGCUAAACCCAAAUUUUAUUGGACAUAGUCACUCUAUUAUCUAUUCAGUGUUCUGAGCUUAUGGCUAAGAGAUGUACGUAACUCACAACACCAUAUGCCCACGACUGUUUUGUCCACAUUGAUUCCUUUGAUUUAUGCUCUGAUUUCAUGUCAGGAAGCACUGGGAUGUGUAAAGGGGAAAAACGUGUACUGUUUACAUGGUUGUUGUCAGUGAAGAGAGAGACCCUUAGAUAAUCAC